AUGCUGGCAGAGCAAGUCCCAGAUGUCCAGGAACAAGAGCAGCUUGGAGCAGUGAAGCUGGAGGAGGAUGAGGCUGCUGGUCAGGAGGAUUCCAGGCAGUCAAAGGUCAGGCCUCGACCCGAGGUGGCCCACCAGCUCUUCAGAUGCUUCCAGUAUCAGGAGGACAUGGGACCUCGGGCUUCUCUGAGCCGGCUUCGGGAGCUCUGCAACCACUGGCUGCAGCCAGCUCUGCACACCAAGAAGCAAAUCCUGGAGCUGCUGGUGCUGGAGCAGUUCCUGAGCGUGCUACCUCCACAUCUGCUGGGCCGCCUGAAGGGCCAGCCACUCAGGGAUGGAGAGGAAGUGGUCCUGCUACUGGAGGGCGUGCCUAGAGACACCAGCCAUGUGGGGCCACUGGAUUUUAGCUUCAGUGCUGGCAAGAAUUAUCCCCCUGCAGACAUCACCUUGGAGGGACAAGUGAGCUCUUCCCAGGUCCCCAGCCACAGCCCCAAAAGGGAGUUGCCCUCAGAAGAGCCUCCGGUCCUACAUCCAUUGAAUGAAUUACCCCCAUCUCAGCCAGUGCCCACCAGGCCAGCUGAAAUUGGGGAGUGCAGACUUGCCCCAAGUUCAAAGUGGCCAGUGAGCCCAGAGCCCCAGAGGAUACUCCAGGGCCUACAGGAAAGCUAUCCUUCCCAGGGCCCCUCAUGGCUGGAGGAGAAUUCCAGAGACCAAGAACUGGCAGCUGUGCUGGAGUCCCUGACCUUUGAGGAUGACUCAGAGAAGAAGGUGUGGCCUGCACACCCUCUUGGAUUUGGAAGCAGAAUGCCAGACAGUGAGGAACUUAAAGUAGAAGAGCGCAGAGAGAGUAUUUGGCCCAUCAUCAUCUCAACAGAGUCCCAGGCAGAUAGCUCUGGGGUAUCAAGAGCACCUCUUAAUACUGAGACCCAAGUGCAUGAGGCAAGCGGUCCUAGUGCGAGAAGGACCCCUCCAGACAGCAGUGAAGUUAUAGAGGUCACAGAGGCAGCAGAUGCCCCAGAGUCCGAGAUAGAGAUGCAGUUCAUUUGCACAGAGUGUGGCGUGAACUUCCCGCAGCUGUCUUUUCUUGAGGCUCACCAGCUGCACUCUCACCCUGGCUCUGGCUUGGGCACCAGCUCGGGCUCCAGCUGCGGCUCUGGUCCUGGCUCUGGCUCUAGCUCCGGCUCCGGCUCCGGCUCCGGCUCACGGUCCUUCCUGUGUCUGUGCUGUGGGAAGAGCUUCGGUCGCGGCUCCAUCCUGAAGCUGCACAUGCGCACACACACGGAUGAGCGGCCACACGCUUGUCACCUCUGCAACCGCCGCUUCCGUCAGAGCUCACAUCUAGCAAAGCACCUGCUAACGCAUUCAUCUGAGCCUGCUUUCCGAUGCGCAGAGUGUGACCAGGGCUUCCAGCGUCGCUCCAGCCUUGUGCAGCACCUGCUGGCGCAUGCCCAGGAACAAAAGCCCACAUGUGCCCAGGAUGGCAAGACAGAAGUGCCACAGGUGACCGUCGUGCUGUGCCCCCACUGCGGGCAGACCUUCCAGCAUCGCUCUAGCCUAAAGCGUCACCUGCGAAUCCAUGCCAGGGGCAAGGACCACCAGUCCUCGGAAGACCCGGGCAGCCUUAGUUCCAGCCAUGAGGGCAGGCCCUACGUGUGCGGUGACUGUGGCAAGACUUUCCGGCGCAGCGAGCACCUGGCGACCCACCGGCGAGUACACACAGGUGAACGACCCUUUUCCUGCCAGGCCUGUGGCCGCUGCUUUGCCCAGCGUUCCCAGCUGGCCAGCCACCAGCAGGUGCACACAGGCGAGAAGCCCCACGCCUGCAGCCAGUGUGGCAAACGCUUUGUGCGGCGCGCAGGUCUCGCUCGCCAUCUGUUGACCCACGUCGGCCUGCGCCCUCACCACUGUGCCCAGUGCGGCAAAAGCUUCGGCCAAAUGCAAGACCUGGCACGCCACCUGCGCAGCCACACGGGGGAGAAGCCGUGCCGUUGCAGCGAGUGCGGUGAGGGCUUCAGCCAGAGUGCCCACCUGGCACGCCACCAACGCAUCCACACGGGCGAGAAGCCCCAUGCCUGCGACACCUGCGGCCACCGCUUCCGCAACAGCUCCAACUUAACCCGCCACCGCCGCAGCCACACGGGCGAGCGGCCCUACAGCUGCCCGACCUGUGGCCGCAGUUUCAGGCGCAAUGCCCACCUGCAGCGCCACCUGGUCACACAUACAGGGGCAGGUCUGGAGGUGGAGGCCCCGCAGGAGUGUCCGGAGUGCGGCAAGAGCUUCAGUCGUACCUGCAAUCUGCUGCGCCACCUGCUGGUACACACAGGUGCCAGGCCCUACUCCUGCGCGCAGUGCAGCCGGAGCUUCAGCCGCAAUUCGCACCUGCUGCGCCACCUGCGAACCCAUGCCCGCGAGACGCUGUACUAGCUUAUCCCACCAUCCAGCAGCCGUGUCCCGUGCGCACCUCCACGUCUGGAUGAGGCUUUCUGUGGUGGCCCCC